AUGGUCAAGUAUCUGCACCGUAUAGCAGCACUGGCCAAACGACUGCAGCAUACGCUCGGCCCUUCAAGGACAGCCGGAUGUCGCGGCGGCGCUACAGAUGUAGGCACUGGUUUAUCGAUACCCCGAGCUAAAACGCAUAUGUCGCAAACGGACGGUCGUACGACGAAUCAUGUAGCUGAAAAUGUGAGUGAAAGUUCUGCGGUUCGUGACAAUCAGCGUGACCCCGGCCAUCAACGACUAAAUCCUCCAGAGUCAGGUCGGCCCAACAUGCGGACAGCUUCACCAGCUUUGGCACGGAUGCAUCGCUCGUCUUUCAAACGCGAUUCUGCAGUUCGUCGCUCUUUAGGUGGAACGGCGAUACCGCCAUCCUGGUUGAAUGAUGACCCAUUUUCAGUCUAUGAUACCAGUCGGACCCAUGUGGACGAGACUCCUCCUUCCCCACUGCCUUCGGAUCCACACAGAGAAUCUCGCACUCUCGAUGUUGCUCCGUUGCUGCAUGUUCGAGUUGUCCGUUUACCAAGUUUGGAUGAUCUUGGCUUCUCUUUGGAUUCGUAUUCACAUCCUACCACCGGCCAAUUUCUCGGUUUACGGUUAUGCGAUCGAUUUCAAAGUCGAAAAAUCCAUUUUGAGGCUCGUGACAAUUGCCCUUUUGAGGCUGGCGAUUUAAUUGUCUCGGUCAACCAACACCGUCUGUCCGGCAUGCAUGAAUCACAGGCGAUCCGUUACGUAUACAAUGCUUUUCGUGAUGCUCGUCAAUACACUGUGGAAUUUGGGGUAUUCCGUCUUCCAGUCACACCUGAAAAGAGUUCCCAAUCUCGAACAGCUCAAAAACAAUACUAUGAGCCGUCCACACUGCCCAGUCGUACGUCUCGCGAUAAAAGGUUUUCUGCCACUUAUCUGCUUGAUCCUGUCCCUCCCACGGAUAUAAAGGAAAUCGAUGCAACACAACACCAACCGCGUCGUGUACCCACCCGAAAAUCUGCUGCCAAGUCGGAGUCCCAUGUCACUCCGAUUCCAUCUCCAAGACCUGAUUCUUUACGACUGUCCAAGAAUUUUUCGGCGGGUACCGAAUCACCUGACACGUCGACAGUUUCCAAUGCUCCCACACCAGUACCACCACCACGUUUAAUCUCCUCGCCUUCGACCUUGCAUAGCCGUGAUUCUCACACGGCAAAAAAGCCGCUUCCCUCCGAGACCGAUCCUUCUGUGAUGUCCCCGACCCGUUUGGGCAGUUCCGUUCGUGGGAGGACUAGCACACGUGCUGGCUUCGAUAAAUCAGGCUCUUUAAAGAUGCACAGAAGGUCUUUUAGCGGGUUGCAAACUCGUGCCGGACCGCCUAGAAGAGUCGAUUUGGGUAUACUGCCCCACUCUGAUCCACUCGUCGCCUGUGCGGCGCAGCAUGUGGUCAAACCACUGAGCGAAUCGUUUAUUGUGUCGUCGAAAUGA